AUGCCAUGGAAUGCAGCUGUUGCAUUGGACAAGUCUCUCCUGCCUGACUUGUUGAAGCGAAUGCAGCAGGAGUGGGACUUUGUGAAGUCUGUCGUGGACACGCUGGAUUCAAAAGGCAAUGUCUUGCAUGACUUUUUACGACAUACUCGAUGGCAACCCUACCGGGACCUGUUCACCAAAGCUGAGUUCUUUGGAUUCAACCCGCAGCGCUUGCACUUGCCAGAGGCGGCCCCUUUCCUCAAAUGUGUGAGGUGCAUCUUGGGAAUGUCAGCCAAGGAUGGCAAGGCUACGAAUUCGUUGCUCAGCAGUUUGCCUUGUGAGCUCUACUUCAACGAUCUCAGAGACGGAGCUCGCAGAGGAGCAAAGAAGGAGCAGCAGGCUGCUUGCAACUUCCAUGUGAUGUCGAUGAAGUCAGCACAGAUCCGCAGCUCAGGGUGCAAGACGCUGGAGAUACCAGACCAUGCAUGGCAAACCCCCAUUGCUCGCAAGCAGAUUCAAACUCAGGUUCUGACAGCCCUUCGAGUCGGGGACAAGACGCUGGGCAUCCCAUCUCAGGGCCUGACUAAGGCCAAGGCCACUGGACUCACUAAGGGACAUGUCUUGUGUGACAGGCUGCGUCUACUCCAGACGUUGCAGUCUGUCUAUGCUCAAGCUGAAGGUGAUGCAAGCGACAAGAAAGUUGCAGCUUUGAACGGCUACCAGAAGCUGUGGAUCGCGAAGUUGGUGGGGGAGCAUACUCUCUUGCGGGAAAAGGGCAGUCAGGGAACUCCACGUUUGGUUCUUCGUUCGGGCCCCUUCUCUGUGAAGACAAUUCGCCUUGCUUGCCAUCAUGAGGGAUCAGACAGCUUCAUGCUCCUCCAUUCGAUUGAGUUGCUGACGGUAAAUUCGUUGGAGAGCUUUGAAUCUUGCCUGGCUCAGCCCUUUGUCGAAGAGAACGGAGUUUUGACCUGGAAAGCUGUUGGGGAGUACAUGAGCCUUCCUCAAUACACCGCCCGGCAUGGAAUCCUGAGCAUCAGUGCUCAGGUGCUCCAGAAGCUGAUGUCAUGCUUGAAAAUCAAGUGCGGUACUCUCACUCACAAGCUGCGCGUCGAGGUCUUCCUGAAGUCAAUGGGCUGCGAAGAGUCCUACAUCCAAGAGGUUUUGGAGGCAAUCCCAGAUCCCAAGCCCAGAAAGAAGAAAGAGGAAGGUGAAGGUGAAGAGUCUGCCGAUGCAGAGCCUGAGGGUGAGAGCAAGGAAGCUGGGGGCCAUGUCUUGCCUGUUUGCGUGUCUGAGUGUGACUUUGAUUGCCUGGAUGGUGCCUCCGAGGACGAACAGUGGCAGCAGACUGUUGAUUUCUUGGACGACAAGAAGGAGCCAGACCCAGAACCAGCUGAGCCCGCAGAUGUGCCAAUGAUGAACUCAGAGGCAGAGGGGUUGAUGGAUGGUGGCACAGUGGCCGGGGGCACAGACUUCAUCCGCAAGACUUUGGCAGCCUUUACGCCAACAACGGUGCGCACGACUGCUCUUGUCGACCUUCACUGCUACGAUUGCUUCCCAGCAUUAGCAUCGUUGGAGGAAUGUUCAGAAGGCCGACGUGUCCUUUGUGGAAGCAUUGUGCUCGACAAGCCGCCUGAGGCGCUUUCCCAGCGUGUGGCAAACAAGGUGUACGAGGAUGCCAGAAGCGGUCAGCUCAAGAUCAAUGGGUUUCCGAACUAUGCCCCUGUGAUUGGGGCACUUCAAAGCACACAGCCAGAGGAGGCCGGUCAGAAAUACCAGGUGACGAUCAAGAAGCAUGACCGCCUAGUCGUGCUAGAGUCAUUAGCCAGUAAGUGGUUGGAGACUGAGUUCAAGGAUGAGACAGUUGCACUGAUUGACUUCCACAACAAGAAGUUCAAUCCGGAUGGGGAGUACUGGCAGGAAGCUGAAAUUUCCACGGAAGCUGAUGUGGUGAACUUGCAGAAGCCGUUCCGAUUCCAGAUCAACAACACUGCGGAGUUGGUGUGUGGGCAAGACGGUGCCCCGCUGUACUUGGCAUCCCGCAGCAAAAACCAGUUCCUUAUGCACCGUGAAUUGUUCAGCUUCGGGAGCGGAGAUUGGAGAACCGGAAACGAUGCCAGUGAGGUAAUGGAGGACUCGUGUGGGAGAUGGUUCUCCUUUUGUGCAUCCGCGAAGACCGUCAUCCUUCUUGAGAAGAAGACUUUGCCAAACCACCUAUCUUCUCUACCAUGCGUUGACGCACCAACGUACUUGUCAACUAUCCUGCGGGAACUUGAAGACGCCGGAGAGGUGAAGCUGGCAGUCACCCACCACACAGUCGCCUCAAUCGACAAGAUCGAGCCGGAGAAGCCUUUGACUUUCUUGUUGGAUCCUCCAAAGCCGCAAGAUGGGGAGGGGGAGCCCAAAAAGAAAAAGCUCAAGAAGGGGGAGACUGCUGGGACCAUGACUGCCAAGAACUUUGGGGCCAUCCUUGAUAUUUCCAAGUUCAAGAAAGCCAACAGACUUGUUCUUGGUUGGCGAGCCAGGCUCCAUUGA